AUGGCGUUCAAGGCCCUUACUCUCCUGUCGGCGGCUGCGUCCAUGGCGCUCGCGUUGACGCCGCCAGGGUUCGUGCCGGCCUCGCAAAACAGCCUCUUGGUUGCCUUUGGCAAUGAACUGGGCACUGACGGAGCGGAACUGCAGCAGUCAGUGACCCGCACUCAGCCGCAGAUUGGGACACUGAGCAAGUUGGACGGCACGUCGUUCGCCGUGUUCAUGAUUGAUCUCGACAUCCCCACCGCCAAUCCCCCGGCCACAGACACGCUGCUGCACUGGGCGCAGACGGGGUUGGCGCAAAGUGCGUCGCCGUCCAACCUGGGUGGAACGAACGCGUUCCUGCUGACGGCGGCGGCUGGCGAGGCGGCGCUGGUGCCGUACUUUGGACCCAACCCGCCGGCCAAGGUGCCCCUGACGCACCGCUACACGCAGAUUCUGGUGGACACGACGGGGGCGAGUGCGGCGAACCUGGCCAAGCUGCAGCAAGCCGUCAAGGCCAAGCAGAAGGGCUUCGACGUGGCGAGCGCACUUCAGGCGGCAGGACUCUCGGACAAGGUGGUGGCUGGCAACUUCUUCCGCGUCACCAACCAGCAGUCGGCACCUUUUGGAUCUGGCAACUCGACGGCGAACCCGAAGCCGAGCAAUGCGCAGGGGACGGGCGGGACGGGCGGUGGGCCGAAGCCCACGACAGUACCCAUCGCGGGGGCUGCUCACGCGCAGGCGAGUCUGAUGGCCCUGGGACUGGGAGUCGUGGCUGCGGCAUGCUGGACAUUGUAA